AUGCAUGCCGGUCUGGAUCUUCUUGAACUCGAAAGUCGCAACUCACAUCUCCAACUCCGCACGCAUAUUGGGACAUGUCGGCAAACCUUCCUGGGCCGGAUGAAUAGAAAGACCGAGGCUGGCUACUUCAUUAGCGCUGUCGAUCUCCCGUCAGAGCCUUGGCUUAUCAAAGCAUGCGACAAUUCCGAGGCCGUCCCGCAGCUUCGAUGGUUUCUCCAAAUUGUGGCACUGGCACAGAAAGCACUCUCAAUAACACAGUCCAUCUCUGCGUUUCUUUCUCGUCUUUCUCCCGUCCGUGAGUUCCACAGAUUCAUCGUCAUGGACAACGAAGAGCCAGUCCAGACCUUGGCCCCGGUGUCAUUCAAAAAGCGACAAAACAAAUCAAAAUCCAUCAUCCGGAAAAGAGAGGCAACACAUCCAAAGAGCGACUCUGACUCGGGCUUCACUUCCUCGGAAGAUGAGGAGGGCAGACAGAUAAAGCGGAGGAGAAAGACUGGAGGUCUAGUCGCCUCUUCAACACAGAAUAAUAAAGUCCGUACCGGUCCUUCAGAAACUGAGCCUGCGACUGCCAUCGUUGCACCGUCGAACCAGGAUGACGCCACCAAGAUCUCAAAUUGGUUUGAAGAUUCUGGCAAGCAGAAACCCGGUGGAACUCUUGCUGGGGAUUCGAUAGAUGGGGUUACUGCAGAUGGCACAUACAAGGGCGCCGCAAACUACCAGUCAUUCAUACAAAAGAACCCCGACCGCGCUGGAAAGCAAGUGGGACCACUGAAAGCAUCGAGCAACGUCAGGACAAUCACCGUUACAGAUUUUGCACCAGAUGUGUGCAAGGAUUAUAAACAGACGGGUUUUUGUGGAUUUGGUGAUAAUUGCAAGUAUCUGCACGCUCGCGAAGACUAUAAGCAUGGAUGGCAAUUAGAUCGGGAUUGGGAGAUCACUACGAAAGGUAAAAAGUUGUCUGGGACUACAGUCGCAUCCGCAAACAGGGGUGGACAGUCCACACAAGAUGAUGAUGACGACGAAGCUCUGCUUGAGAGUAUUCCGUUUGCCUGCAUCAUUUGCAAAAAAUCCUACACAAGCCCAAUCAUCACAAAAUGCGGACACUAUUUCUGCGAGGCCUGUGCUCUCAAAAGAUAUCGGAAAGACCCUUCUUGUGCAGCUUGUGGCUCGGGUACGAAUGGUGUGUUCAACACAGCGAAGAAACUCAGCCGUCUGUUAGAAAAGAAGCGUGAGCGUGAAAAGCAGAAACAGGAGAAAGAGGCCGAACUCGCUGUGGCUCCGUGA